CCUUUCUUCCCUAUGAAGCCCUAGAUUUCAUCGCGCAUGGCGUCAUCGCGGGUCUCCGGUGUCUCGGAUUUCGAAGGCUUGCUCCUGGACGACGAGGAGGAGGACGAUCUUUCGGAUGUGAUCGUGGCGUCGCAAAUGCAGCUAUCGGACAUUGGCGCUGGAUCGCAGGAGAGCGACGCGGAAAAGACGGUCAGGGAGAGCUCGCUUGCUGUCCCCGAGAGCGCGCUCGAGGAGGCGUUCGGCUUGAGUGCCAAGGGGUUUCGAGACGCGUUUGGCUUCCAGGAGAACAACAGUGUAGCUGAAGGUGAUCGGGUCCUUAGCCGGAGAUCAUCGCAAAGAACUCCUGCGGAUGCUAGUGUUCGAACUGAGAUGUUUUUCCAACCCGAGAAGGAUGCAAGCGUCCAAUCAAACAGUGAAGAGGAUUCCAUAACGAGCAGAAGCUAUCCAAACGAUAGCUUGUUUAGUGAUUUUCCAGCUCAGAAGAAAUCCCAUCCCGCAACAAUUGAGCGCAAUCGGCCCUCCAAACUUAGUGAAGAGAUCGAAGGUCUCUUUCAGCUCAUCCAUUGCUACAAGCCUAAGGAACUGGAACUGCGGACAAUCCUGAAACCUUUUAUUCCGGACUUCAUUCCGGCUGUUGGUGGAGUGGACGAAUUUAUCAAGAUUCCACGCCCCGAUGGGCAGCCUGACUUCCUUGGUUUGAAAGUUCUAGAUGAACGCGGACCCAAGCAAAGUGAUCCUGCGGUGAUAAACUUACAGCUGCGGGCUUCAUCGAUGAAAUCAAACCUCCAUCCCCUUCAAGUGGCAUCAGUCGAAAAUCCCGAGAAGAAUCCGAAAAAGCUGGAUUCAUGGAUCAACAGUAUCAAGGAGCUACAUCGAAGUAAGCCGCCUCCUUCGGUUUCAUACUCGAAGCCAAUGCCUAGCAUUGACAAACUCGUGCAGGAAUGGCCUGUUGAACUAGAGAAGAUACUUACAGCCGUUGAACUGCCAACAGAGAAGCUGGACUUGGACAUUGGCACAUUUUCAGAUGUGUGCUGCUCGAUCCUUGACAUUCCUGUCUACAAGAGCCGCAUUGAAUCUCUACAUGUAAUGUUCUCCUUGUUCCUCGAGCUUAAGAACAGCAUGCCUUUCCCAGAUGAGUGGGCCAGUAAGCGGUAAACAGUUCUCAUGCAGAUUAGAACUAAUGUAAAAUGAGAAGGAAUUUUGU